AUGGCCCCGCCCCUUUCAGCCGUGCCCCCGCCCCCUCCCGCAGUCGCGCUGCCCUGUCAGUCUCCUUGCCCUUUUCGAUGGCUGAGGCGCGAAGGGGUCCUGGUGCCGCCACAGCCGGCAGGUCCGUGCCCUGUCUGGGCUGCCAGCUGCUGCUACCUCCCCAUCUCCGACAAGGUGUGCCUGCAGGAGAAGCUCUUCUUCAAGAGCCCGGCUGACAUUGCCCUCAAGCACUUGACCCACAAAUCCCAGGUCUGGCGUUUCCAGUGGGCGCAGUCCAACCUGCUGCUGGCCUCUCACAAGGAAGCUGGCCGCCAUGUCCUGGACCCCGGCAAUAGGGUGCUGGAGGCGCUGCGGCGGGAGAAUGGGGAGCUGUGCCGCACUCAGCUCUCCCCUGGCUGGCGAGGGGUCAGCAGGUGA